GUUGUCUGUGAGGAUUUUUACAGGUCAAGCGGAAAGUUUUAACAAACGUGGAAGAGCUUCCCUCACAGGAUUUUUACCUGUCACCUCCCACUCAGAUGGAAUUAAAUAAUGUACAGCCCUGUACUACGCAACAGUUCACGUAUGCUGUUUUCGUACAAAACAUGUUCUAACAACAAUCCAUGUAAUGUCAAAUUACAUAAGGAGAUAUGUGACAUGAAAUGAUACAGAAAAGCAAUGUCUGCUUUAAACACAUCAAAAACGGCAGUGAUGUCAAACAACAGUUAUGAUAUACUGAACAGUACACAAUCUACUCGAAACAAGACAGUGUCUACUAACAGCCCUUAUGAUGCAGAAGGAGCCCUGAAGUUCACAGUGGCCGUUGUAGCCGUGUAUGGUGUCGCUGUUUUGGGUGUGUUCGUUUUAGGAUACUUCGGUAGAAAGCGUCAUGGUAACAAUGAUUUGGACCAACAAGCAAGUAGUUUUCUCGUAAACUUAGAAAAAGUGCGAAAUAAGCUUGAAAAGGAAAGACAGAUAGGAAACGUGAAGUCUUUACUGCGGUCUUACAGCAUGAGUAUGGAUAGUGUGACGGAUCGAAGGCCGAGCAUCACGAGCUCCCUUCUUACUGAGAGUGAGCGGACUAGUGACACAGGCCUAGUGCCUAAUUCCUCUAAGAUUUGUUUUGGUUCGCCUGAUACAUUGCCUCCUCUUCACGAAGGCCUGGAGGAGGGUGAGGAAGAGAAUGAUGAUGACAAUGAUAGUGUGUUCAUGACAGAAGAAGAAAGACAAAGAUACGGGGUGGACAUGUACAUGAAUGUGAAGGAAACUCAGGAUUGUUAGUGAUAUAAGUGAUAGGAGGUUAAGAUAAUCUCUAUUACAUACUGUUCUGGUAAUAAAGUGCUCUUGACCGUCAGACAUGGACUGGAAGCGCCAAUUUUCCCUUGCGUCGUAGUGUAGCAGUGCCAAAAUAAAAUAUCUUCAGUAUUGACCAAAUGUUGAGUGAUAAAAAGUUAAGUGUUCAAAGGAUAAAAUCGGGAGACUAUCCCCUGUUAGUGUAAACAAUUCAAGGAAGUGCAGCGAAAACACCUCAUAUUUAUCAUGUAACUAAUUGUUAAAAGUAAAUUUAAAAAAUUA